CUCUUCCAGAGGAUAUUAUUGUGGAGGAGGCAUUAGAUCUGUUUCAGCUGGAGUACGGUCAGCUCUGACAGAGAAACUGUCACGCAAGAUCAAAAAGAAGAGGGCAGUUCGUGAGUGAUAAUGCAACGUCUGAACUUUUCAAAGUCAUCAAGGUCUCCUAUACUCCUGGCUGCCUUCACACUCAGGCAGUCUGUUCCUGCAGGGAGGCUGAAGGACCCCCCUCCAAAAGGUACCAAAGCAAGGCACAAAAAGGGACGACAAAACUGCAGCAGCAUCAAACAGAUGAGAAAUGGCCAAAAUGCGACCAACCCUGAAUGACCCCUGAGUAUGCUAAAGGCCCAUAAGUGCUACAAGCAGCUACAAGCAGAUGCUGCAAAAUCACUAUAAUGCCUCAAUAAGAGCCACAAUGACAUGCAAACUUAGCACAAUGGGAAAAGUCAGAGAAAAGAAGUGAAAUAAAAAGACACAAGCCGAGCAACCCAACAUUAGGAGCAGGUCAACACUUUGAAAAAUAGAUGUAAAACAAUCGAAAGAUUAAACAAGACUAAAACAAACUUGUGAAAUGGAAAAAAGGAUGCCAACAAAGAUGCAAAGAAGUAAUAAACAACAAAUGACACAGUAAAAAAAAAAACCCAGUGUGUCUGAACUGCCUCACGAUGACACAGUAUGUCAAGUAAAUGCUGCAAUAACAUUAAAAUGCAAAUCAGAAUUACCAUCAUGAGACAGAAAACUACUCCUUUAGUUCUGCAAAUAGAUGAAGAGACAAACCAUUUACAAUAAAUGCAGAACAUUUGCAUGUUAAGAAAUGAGUGAGACUCGGUAAACCAGAAACCACAACAGGUUCAGGUGAUCGUUACAAAUGUACAUGUAUCAGUUAUGCAUUUUGUUUUCAAACCCAACCAGAAAACUCACCUAAUUUUCUCUUUUCCUGUGAUCCUGUUCAUCCCGUUGAGUUUUCCCUGCACCCGUUUGAAAGCCUGUAGUCAUCACGCCAUCAUCUUUCUUGCAUUGCCUCAUUGCAAAAGUGUCUUUACACUUAUAUAACAUCUUCAGACCUCAGACAUAUUGAACACACUGGACAGAAAUGCGUCAACAGCAGUGACAAGAAAUCAUUACUUCAUCUGCUUGAGUCUAAUCCUUAAAAACAAGUCACAUGUUCCACUGUUUGAUCAUGCGUUAUUCCUGGAAACACUUCAAUAUCUCCAGUUUACAUAAAUGCCCCCACUCAGCAGCUCAAUACAGGAAAACACGUCGGAACAAAGUGUUGAGGAAGUUGUGUGAGUCCACUUCCCAUGUUGUCAGAUCACAUCAUACAGUCAUUAGAUCAUUCUCAAACAUUCAGGCCGGCUGUAGACAUGGGGCGCCUGCUUUGGCUUUCUCUCCUGCUCACCCACCUGCGUGUAACAGAUUGCGCGAGUAAAAAAGGUGAAUGCAUACACCAGCCAAACCGGGAGAUCUGGAAGAAAAUAGGAGCGAGUGUUGACCUCCAGUGCACGGUACACUGUCGAGCCCAAAAAACGCAAUACGAGUGGUUCGUUUUCAAGGAAAACACACACCUCCGUCUCAGCCUCCCGAAUGACAAGUACAGCCUGAAAGGAGCUGCUCUACACAUAAAGUCACUUCAUGGCAACGACAGCGGGAUCUACCACUGUGCAGCGUUUUCAAGCGGAGGACCAGGAUGCUGUGAACACCAUGUUGGACCUGGGGAAACGCUGAUAGUGAGCGAUAAAUCUGCAACAAUGGUGAGAUACAUUCUUCUGUUGCUACUAUUUGCCCUCUUGGCACUCUACAGCUUGGCAGUACUGACACUUAUUAUAAAGAAGUAUGGCUGCGGCACAAAAGAAUGCAGAAAGACAGAAAAAUCCCAGAAGAAAAAAUCCAGCAAAAAGACACAGUUCCGUGAUGUGCUGCAAGAAAUGUACAGAAGAGGGAACCUGCAGAAAACCAAAGCAGCGGCGAGUGGGGACGAAUUUCAAGCUGAGGCAGCACCCAACGAGCUGGACGGCUCCGGGGAGGAAAUAUAUCAAAAUAUCUGAGAGUCAUCGAAGGAUAUUGAGCGUCAGAUUCAGGCUGCUGUCGUCCUGACGGAGGGGAAAUUUCCACGCCGUGAAACAUCCCACUGCGGACGUUGUGAUGCGUCUGUGGAGACGAGCUGGACUAGAAAGAAGGCGAGCCAGUCGAGUGUUUGCUCACCUUCUUUCAUCAAACAAGACAUUUACUGCUAGAAUCGCAGAGCUGAGUCACGUCCCUCCAUGUUCCAGAUCGUCAGUGGACCCAUGAGGAGGAGAUCCUGGAGACAUUUGUACUUUGAUAUGUUGUCUUGAUCACAGCUCCUGUAAUUUUCUUUUUCUUAAGCCUGAAAAUUCCUGAUGUUUCAUGUCAGGAUUUCUUAGGACUUCUUCCGACAGAGUAUGGAUUACAAGCUGUGCGAUGAAAGGAUAUGCGAAUUUCAUAAAGCAGAAAGCAGAAUUUUCCUUUUUUCCUCUGUUCUUAGCUUUUCUCAUAGAACAACUGUGCAUAAACCUGUUUAGAAACGACCUCCUGACCUGCUGGGCUGAUGAUAUCUGAGCAUUUAUACUUGUCACUUUGAUAUUUCCAACUUGUGUGGUUACCAACCAGGGAUGUGUAGACAGAAAACUGUGAUAAAAUAGUUUAAAUAACAGAAGAAAAAAAAUUGCAUGACGUAAACACACUUUUAAUCAGAAAUGUUCAAAAAUUUACAGUAAAAACUUUCACAGUAUACCAAACACUGCAGAAAGAGCUUAUUUAUUAAAAACAGCUUGUAAUAAAAAGUAGUUUUUGUGCUUCCAUGAAGCAUCAAAAAUGAAGGCAGAAAUCAACAGUUUCAUAUUCUGGCACACAGAAACAACCCAUUAAAUCAUUAGUCU